AUGAGCGUGGAUAUCUCCAGACUCUCGCUUGACAAGCAAGUUGAUGACGCCCUGAGCGUCUCGUCGUUCAAAAACGACUACAUCGACACCCCCUUUUCUGGAAAGCAGGAGCAGUUCGACCAGGUGCUUGACAUUUUGGACUCGACCGGGUUCAUUCCCGAGUCGCUCAUUGAGUCCGAGGCCAAGUGGUUCUACAACUGCUUGGGUAUUGAUGACGUGUACUUUGCCAAGGAGCUGCCCAAGGGCAUUGCCUCGCACAUCCACUCGCUCUACUCGUGUAAGGUCCAGGCGUUUGCCUCUGACAUCAAGGUGGAUGAGCAACCUUUGAUUCGCUACAAGCGUGAAGGCACUGACCACUCUGUGUUUUUCGACACGUCGUUUGCCGGAGCCCGUUUUGACAAGCGCAGGUUUGACGAUUUGAUCGACGAGCGCUACAUUGACUCGUCGUACGCCAACAACUCGUACAGACUCGAGUACUUCUCGGCGCCCCUCAAUUACGCCAGCGACCCGAUCUUGGCGGGUGUGGCCGAGAUGUACGCUGCUCUGCCUGAGCUGGCCGAGAUCUUUGCCAAGCAGCAGGUCAAGUGUCACUUUGUCUACAAAACCAAGUACCCGGAGGAGAAUGUCGACCCCAACGAGACCGACAUUGACAAGAUCAGUGACGAGACGUUUUUGAAGAUCGCUUCCGACAGAACAAAGUCGCUUUACUCCGACAUCAUCAGGAGAGUGGUGAACUCCACCGGUCCCGUGAUCCAGCACUUCCCCAUCGAGGAGUCCGAGGAGUACAGAGUGGUAAUUGGGUACCGUCAGAAGACUUCCCCCCACUACAACUCGGCCUUGUCGGACUUGGCUGACUACUACAAGCUUUCCACCACAAGAAAGUACGUGGAGCAGUUCUCCAAUGGCGUCACCAUCAUCUCGAUGUACAUCAAGGCCACUGUUUCGGGCAACAAGAGAACCCCUAUCGACUUGCUGAUUUACCAGGUGAUCAAGGAGGCUUCUUUGUUGUACUGUAUUCCCCACAACUACUUCCACGACUUGUUCAUCAAGCAGGAUUUGUCCUUGCAGGAGGCCAUCUACUCGCAGUGUGGUGUCAUCUUCGUCACCCACUUUUUGAACAGAUUAGGCCCUGAGUACACCAAGUUGUCCCACUUGCUUGAUCCUUCCAAGCUGAUCCAACACGCAGAGGUGUUGAACUCGUUGAAGAAGCGUUUGCGUUCGGAAACUUACACCCAAGAUUACAUCAAGGAGGUGUUUUCCACCAGAAAGGAGAUCAUCCGCAAGUUGUACCGCCAGUUUGCUGACGUGCACUAUAUCAGAUCCUCCAUGGAGAAGACCUUGUCCUACCAGCGUCUUUCCCAGAUCACUCCGGUGGGCUCUGAAAAGGAGUUUGAACAUUUGUUGAGCAGAGAGUGUGGCCAGAAUGAGCACCAUGCCAUUGUCUUGAGAGCUCUCUUUAUGUUCAACAAGGCUAUCCUCAAGACCAACUUCUAUACCUCCACCAAGGUGGCCAUCUCCUUCAGAUUGGACCCAUCGUUCUUGCCAAAGUCGGAGUACCCAGAGACUCCUUACGGUAUGUUCUUCAUUGUGGGUUCCGACUUCAGAGGUUUCCACAUUAGAUUUAGAGAUAUCUCUAGAGGUGGUAUCCGUGUUGUUCGCUCGAGAUCCGUUGACGCCUACAACGUCAAUGUGCGUAACUUAUUUGACGAGAAUUACAACUUGGCUGCCACCCAGCAGAAGAAAAACAAAGACAUUCCUGAAGGCGGGUCCAAGGGUGUCAUUUUGCUCGAUCCUGGUUUAGCCCAGGAGACUCCAAAGGCCUCUUUUGAAAAGUACAUUGAUGCCUUAAUUGAUUUGUUGCUCAAACAGCACAUUCCAGGUGCCAAGGAGCCAUUUGUUGAUCUCUACAACAAACCAGAGAUUCUCUUCUGCGGCCCUGACGAAGGUACUGCCCCAUACGUUGACUGGGCUGCCCUUCAUGCCCGCUCCAGAGGUGCACCAUGGUGGAAGUCCUUUUUCACUGGUAAGUCUCAGCAGAUUGGUGGUAUUCCCCACGACGAGUACGGUAUGACUUCGCUUUCUGUGAGAUCGUACGUGAACAAGAUCUACGAGAAGCUUAACAUUGACAACGCCACCAUCAGAAAGGUCCAGACCGGCGGUCCAGACGGUGACUUGGGCUCCAACGAGAUCAAGCUUUCUAGAGAUGAGAAGUACGUUGGUAUUGUUGACGGCUCUGGUGUUAUUGCUGAUCCAAACGGCUUGGACAAGCAAGAGCUCUUGCGCUUGGCCUCUCAGAGAAAGAUGAUUGAGCACUACGACCGCUCGAAGCUCUCCAAGACUGGUUUCAUUGUUUUGGUGGACGAGAACGACGUUGUUUUGCCAGACGGCACCGUUGUCGAGUCUGGCGUCACCUUCCGUAACACUUUCCACGUGAAGAUCAAGGAAGUGUACGGCACUAAGGGCGUUGACUUGUUCGUGCCAUGCGGUGGUCGUCCAGCUGCCAUUGACACCAACAAUGUCAAGGCGUUGAUCGAUGAGAAGACUGGCAAGAGCAUCAUUCCAUACUUCGUUGAAGGUGCCAACCUCUUCAUCACGCAGUCUGCCAAGAUCAUUUUGGAGAAUGCUGGCUGUGUUAUUUUCAAAGAUGCUUCGACCAACAAGGGUGGUGUGACGUCGUCCUCGUUGGAGGUGCUUGCUGCUCUUUCUUUCGACGACAAGGGCUUCUUGGAGAACAUGUGCAUCGACACCAGCGGCGUCAAGCCUGAGUUCUACGAGAAGUACGUCAAGGAAGUGCAGCGCAAGAUUGUCGACAACGCCCAGAUGGAGUUUGAGGCUCUUUGGAAGUUGAAGGCUGAAACCGGCGAGCCUAUCACCGAGUUGUCUGACAAGCUCUCGCAAGCCAUCAACAAGCUUGGAGACGAGUUGGCCAACUCGCAGGAAUUGUGGAACGAUGACGUUGAGUUCAGAAACGCUGUGUUGGUGGACUCGCUCCCACCCUUGUUGCUCGAGUCGAUUGGCAUGGGUGCUAUCUUGGACAGAGUGCCCGAGUCGUACUUGAAGGCGUUGUUUGCCACGCGUUUGGCGUCUAGAUUCGUCUACUCGAGAGGCAUUGACUCGAACCCCGCCAAGUUUUUGGAGUUCAUCUCGUCGAUCAGAAAGGAGUACAAGGAGAAGCAGCUUUUGUGA